CUGUACUCGAAGGGGGCAUGCUGCCCUUUUCUGGAAAAUUGAACUGGACUUUCUUCCAAACUCCUGACCUGGCUGGACUGAGCUCUGGGGUGGCUCCCCCCCGCUCCAUGAGAAGACCCCUCUCGCCUGUCUUCAACCACCGUGACAGACCAACCGAGAUGCGAAUCCCCUCAUCAAGGAACCAAGAACCCCUCUGGCACCCUAUUGGCACCCCCAUGGCACCCCCCUGGCAACCUCCUUCCAGAGACUGGGACUGUACUCCCUCCCAACUCAGGGAGGGGGAAAACUUAACGUACCUGUGAGCAUUCAGCCAUGAAAACAAUGGAACUGUCUCACCCCCUCCUCCUGUUCCUAUUCUUCUCCCCUCCAUGGAAACCUAAUUUCAGCCACCUUCCCCCAACCAAGAACAGUAUAUAUAUUGGGGUUCGGUUUCGACUGUCCUCUGAGAUCUCCCCAAGACGUGUACCAGCGAGUUUCGGCGGCGGGACCCCGAAGACAUCACGUUUUGGUAGCUAUACCCCAUUCCCUGAUCUUCUUUCCUCCCUUUUUCCCUUGUCCUACCCUUCUCUUCCCCAGAUUCCCUAACCAAACGCAUAUUUAGCUGUGGUUAUAAUCAAUAAAAUUGCACCUUGUUGAUUUGUUACUGCAAAACCCCUGUGCCUUUUGUUGGUUAUUUUUGCACCCAAAAAUCAUUCAUCACCCGUUCAUUUCGGUGGACCUUCACAUAAUUGGCAUCACAGACAGGAUUUCCAGUAGCCAGUGAGAUUUUGCAGGUAAUGUAUAGUCUGUAACCUCUCGCAGACUGCAGACACCAAAGCCAAAUCUCACACUCGAUUGAGCGCUCAGGCUCCGGAAUUGACACAAAAGAUUUUUUGGUGCAAAAGCAGGGGAAAUUGUUACUGUCACUUCUGUUACUUAUCUUACCGGCACUGACACUGACACUGAUACUUCUCCCGAUCCUGAUAUUGAUGCUGCUACUGAUAUUGAUAUUGAUAUUGAUACUGUUGUUGUUGUUGUAUUUGAGCUGAAUGUGAACCUGUUACUGUUGUUACUGCUGUAUUUGUGUACCUGGACUGUCUAAAAGGGAAGGGACAGACCUGAGAAAUUAGACAGAUAUUGUCCCUUCACCUACACAGGGGAGUGAGGGGCAGCCCAACGAGGCUGAGUGGCUUUCCCCCUGUUCUAGGUUCUGGUCCCCUCACAAAGAAAACAUUUGUGUGUGUGUGUUCAUGUGAGUGCGUAUCUGUACUGUCUGGGAAGGAAGAGACAAAUUUGAAGCAACCUCACAGAGCCUCCCAGACUGAUUCUGUCUCUUCAACUACCCAGGGAAGCAAGGGGACAGUGGAAAGGCUGUGUGAUUUGUGUAACUUAAGUUAACUCCCUGGUGUAGCUUUGGUCCCCUCACAAAAUGACUAAGAACUUCAGAGCAAAAGGUAAAGCUGAAUUUUAUGCUCUGCUUGCUAAAUACAAUGCCACACCUUCUCCAGGGGGAGAAGAAUGGGCAAACUGCAAUUGGGUUUAACUUAGAAAAUGUUAUUGAUAGAAUAUUUUCUUUGCAACAUGAAUCAAAAUUUAAACUGGGCACAAAUAAAACCAUCCUCUGCUCAGUCUUGGGUGCCUGCCUCACAGCAGCCAUAGAAACUCGCUUUAAGCGAAAAAGUGAGGAAAAUGCUAUCAUAGACUCCCUCCAAAACCUAGUUGAAGUUUUGCAAAAACAAUUGGAUGAAGAAAGAAAUGUAAAUAUCUUGUUACGGACUGCCCUGAGAGAGGAACAUGUUAAAAAUUCACAGAACUCUGAUUCCUCAAAAGAAACAGAGGAGAAAGAAACUCCUCACACUAGUCAAAAUUGUUCUCAAACAGAAUUAACCCUGAUGAAAAAUUGCGGGAAACACUGCUGUAACAACAUAAAACCUCUAAUUAAAACAGAAUGCAAUUAUAUCAAUAAUGAAGAUCUAAACCCACACAAAACCACUAAAGAAAUCCCGUACACUGCUACUGAAUUAACAAAACUUGCAAAGCAGUACGGGCUUCUCCCUCAAAAAUCUGAAACAGAACACAUUUGUCAAGUGUCUCUCACUGGGAGAGAUCAGAUUCUUUUGUCAGAACAAGGAGCCGGUGGGUGCUGGGGACAUGGGGUGCUUCUAGCCACAGCAGACAGAUGCAUCCCAUGGUCCCUAACUCAGCACACAGCUCUUUGGGCAGGGGGUUCAACCCCUUGGGAAAAAGAGACCCUUUGGUCGGUACCCCCGACUAACUCUGGGAAAACAUUCACAAAUCCGGCUGCCUGCAAUUGAUUAAUGAAAAGAAAUUAAUUCCCGGUUUUGAAUCUCCAAUCCUAUCACCUGUAAAGCCUGAAAUUAUGACCUCUUUAACUCAAAGGCUUCCGGGAAAAAUUAAACCUACAGCAAUUCUCCUUCAGAAAACCAUAGUAGCUCUGUCUCCUAUAGAAAGACUAGAUAAAUUUCUUAGUAACCAGAAUGACCCUUUUGUUCUCCUUUAUGACUUGCUGAGAAAAAGAAUCAAAUGGGAUUGGACUUCUUCUCAGAAGGAAACAUUGCAAUUGCUGAUUCUUGAAGUGACAGCUCAUCAAGCACUGGACCCUAUCUAUCCUACAGACCCCUUUCAGGUGGAGUGGGGAUUUGCCUCCUCACAACUUUCAGUACACAUUUGGCAGCAGGGUCCUGAGGGUCUGAAAAAGCCUGUUGGUUUUUAUUCCUGUGGUUUCAAAGAUGCUGAGAAAAGGUACACUACCUGGGAAGGGGGAGUGUUUGUGGUUGGCUUGGCUCCCAGGGAGGUGGAGGAGAACUGGGCAAUCCAAGAAACUGGGAGCUUGGGUAGCAGCCAAAAUAAACCUGCCUCUGUGACUAAAGCAACCCCUCCUCUCUCCCCCGCUUCUGCUAACAGAAAGGAACAAGACAAUGUCCAGGUUGGGGAACUGUUAACUGUUUGGAGCAUUUUCCAAAGUGAGGGACAGAAUUGCUUUCUUGUCUGUAUUAACACCAAGUCCUAUGCUAUGUUUAUAUUUGGGUUGCUCCACGCUGAUGCUUUUAAAAGAGAUACAGGAGAUAAUACUGUUAAAGCAAUGCAGGGAUGGUUUGGAAUUUUCCUAAAGCCACAGGAAAUUCAAUCUGAUAAUAUUUCUCACUCUACUGUCAAAGGUGUGCAGGAUUGGGCAGAAGGUGAAAAGAUUAAAUGGAUUUCUCACGACUCUCACUAUGGAUGGGGGGCAAAUGAGUGUUCCAAAAUCACUGCUUUUUGCCCAACAGCUCCAAGCACAAUUCCUUCACUACAGAGACCAGAUGAUGAUUUCAAGAACCCAGCACAUUACCCUGGACAGCCUGUUUUUGGUGGACCCCCCGCUGCUGUAGGGGAAGUACCACUGCUGUUCAAAACCUCUCUGACAAUUCCAUUGUUCUAACUUUUUCUGCCUCUUCGUGGCAGAGUCUGUUGUGUUUACUUUUUCAGAAGAACUCCAAGGGACAUGAAGACCUGAUAAACCAUGAUAACACUAGUGAUGGACAACAGAAAUAAUGCUUUCCCCUCCUUUAUGUUAACACCAGCUCCAGUCAAUUCUCACUACCUGUGGCAAUCUAACUACACACUGAUUCACAAACUGAUGUCUACUCCUAUUGAGAUGAAUCUCACUCUGGUAAAACAACUGCUGCUCCAUCAGAACUUGGUUGAAAUCCUGGAGAAGUUCAAGGAAAGCGGACAAGAGACCCGGGUGACUGUUCAUCACGAUGUAAGACAGAUACACCGUGUUAUGGAAAGGGUGGAGAAAGAUGCCGAGCACAGGUGGUGGGAUACUCUUUUAGGUGGUCUCCUACUGCUACGAGUGUCUUGAACAGUGUGUGUCAUCCCAUUGUUAUCCUUUUGAUUUUAAUUCUGUUUGGUUUCAUUUUAUCAGCAAUCCUAGUCGUUAUGAAUUGGAAGAUGGUGAAACAGCUGACAAGAUUGACGUCUAUAGUUAAUGCACACAAUUUGGCUGAUGUCCCCUGCACUGUGGAAAUCCCCGAGACAUUUGACACAAAGCAAUUAUGAAUUAAGCAUAUGUGUUUUAGAGUAAUCCUGAUUUUCUUUUAUGAUUUUGUGAAAAUUACUUUUGAUUUUUAGUGAAUUGUUUUAGAAAAUUAUUUUAAAGUUAAUGCUUGUAUUAUGAUUUAUUACUUUUGCUGUUGAUUAUUUGUGAUUUGUUUUAACCAUCUCUUGAAAUUGUUAUAAAAAUAAUAUUGUUAAUUAAUUAAUUAUUUUUUGAAAUUGUUAUAACAAGAAUAUUAAUUAAUUAGUUGUAAUUAAUCAAACACUUCUGAAAAAUGUUAUGAUAAUCAAUAUUAAUUAUGUUUGUUUAUUGUCUCCCUUUUUUCCCCUUCUUUUUCCUAUCCUUUCUCUUCCUCCUUUUCUCUUUUCUGUCUCUCUGACAUACUGUCUCUGCUUUUCCGGGUAUGCUACCAACGUACGGCAAGACUGAUCAGCGACACUCCAGAGCCCUGCUGACGAAGAUCCCUUCAAGACAAUUGUGAGUCACGGGGUCGUGUGAGAGUCUGUCCAAAUUUUCCCUCAUCUGCCUCACGAUCGUCCUUGGGAGACCACUGAAGAGAAGACCCCCUUAUUUAGAAUCUGGCUCUAAAGGAGAAAAGUCACAUGCCAUAGGCCCUGAGACCUGAAAGCUCAGUGUUGAGCUAUUGUUUUCACAAGUGUGUUUGCUUUAUGCUAAGAAGAGAGCACCGUGCCCCGUUAGCAACAAUAGCAGCUCUGGAAGCUGUCCCACCUCUCGGCCUGGCUGGACUUCUCCUGAUUUUCAGGUUGUCUCCCACCGAAGACCCUCACCUGUUUUACAACCACCGUGACAGACAGACAGAGAUGUGAGAAGCUUUUCAAUCAAGGACUGAGACAUGAAACUCCUAAAAGGCCCCUCUGCUCCUUCCAAGGACUGGGACUGAAACCCCCAGCCCGGGGGAGGUGUGUGGGGGAGGCAAGCUGACCAAAGCGAGAUGUUUGCCUGCAGAUUGUGACCACUGGAGAAAGAAAACAAUGGCUCUCAUUUACUGCUGAGAACAUGGACUACCUGUUACAUCUGUUCCCUAUUGUAUCUUUUCUCCCCCCCCCCUCACAAUUUUCAGUAAUAAAAUCCUCUGAGUUAGCUACAGCCUUUGAGAUCUCCCCAGUGUAGCAGGCGGAUCCUCGGCUGGACUGCACCAAAGGACUUCGUCUCUGCGUUGGUAGCUAUAUCCCCUCUCUCUCUCUCUCUCUCACCACUCUUUCUCUCUUUCUCUAUCUUUUUUUCUCCCUUAAUCCCUCUAUCACAUUUUUGCUGUGGUUAUUUCAAUAAAACUGCAUUUGAUUUGAUUAUCACUGCAAA